CCCCGAUAUUAAUACUCCCAGCUAUGCUUUACCUACAAACAAGUAACCACACCAAGCGAUCCUUUGCUAGCAAACACUAGCUCUCUCUCUCUCUCUCUCUCUCUCUCUCUCUCUGUGACAUGGAUUCAAGCAAACGAGAGGUAACCCAUGAGAUACCACCCUACCUAAGAGUAUACAAAGACGGAACCGUAGAAAGACUAUUUGGCUACGAAAUUGCACCAGCAGGCUUUGAUCCUCAAACCGGCGUCGUAUCGAAAGACACCGUGAUCACGCCGGAGACAGGCGUCUCCGCCAGGCUCUACCGCCCUAAUCUCGCACCCGAUGUUCCAAAACUGCCCCUUGUCAUUUACUUCCACGGCGGAGGUUUUUUCUUGUCAUCGGCUGCUGACCCGAAGUACCACAACUCUCUCAACAUACUAGUCGCCAAAGCCAACGUCGUCCUCGUCUCGGUAAAUUACCGAAAAGCCCCUGAGCACCCACUUCCGGCCGCCUAUGAAGACUCAUGGGCAGCUCUUGAGUGGGUGGCUUCGCAUAUGUCUGGUGGUGGUAGUGAGGAUUGGCUCAGGGGCAAAAUCGACUUUUCAAGAGUGUUCUUGGCCGGGGAUAGUGCCGGGGCGAACAUGUCCCACCACUUUGCAAUCCGGAUCAGGUCAAACCCGAUUGGAGAUUUGAAGCUCCACGGGAUUAUCAUGAUCCACCCGUACUUUUGGGGCGAAGAGCCGAUUGGGGAGGAGAAAAGGGACACGGUUAGGAAAUCGAUGGUGGACGAGUGGUGGCAGUUCGUUUGCCCGUCGGAUAAGGGAAACGAUGACCCGCUUAUCAACCCGUUUGUGGAUGAAGCCCCAAGUCUUUCGGGUUUGGCUUGUGACCGGGUCAUUGUUUGUGUUGCCGAGAAGGAUAUAUUGAGGGAUAGGGGGAGAUUGUACCAUGAAUCAUUGGUGAAGAGUGGGUGGAAUGGGAAGGCUGAGAUUGUGGAGAUAGAAGGGGUGGAUCAUGUUUUUCACAUCAUGGAUCCAAGUUGUGAGAAGGCUCUUUACAUGGUGAAUUGUUUAGCUAGGUUUAUAAACCAAGAGUGAACUUGAGAGAAAUUGGUGAUGUAUUCCCUUUUGUUUGAAAGGUUAUUGGAGCGGACCCGGGGACCCUGCCGAGCGGCACCCCUGCCGAGCGGGUGCCGAGCGGCCAAUCCGGCCGUUCAUGUCAAAAUCGACGGCCCAGAUCGAAACAUCUUUUCCUUUUCCUUUUCUUUUUUUUUUAAAUCCAUUCGGUAUCUUUGCAUCCGGACCGUCCAAAACACUUUUGGACGGUCGAGAUGCGCCAGGCACCCCUGCCGAGCACCCCUGCUUGGCAGGGUCUCCCAGUCCUAUUGGAGCUGGGUUUUUUUUUAAUAAUUAAGUGUUUAGGUCAGCUUACAUGCUCUUUAACAAAUUUUAGGAGGUCAAUUCUACUGAUCCUAUACAGAGAGUCCAAAUUAAGUCAGAAUAAAGCUCUGUAUGCACGGCAAGGUUACUAGAGUUGUUUGUGUGAUUUUCUUUUCAAUAUAUUGUUACUGUGUUCGUGAGUUAUAUUAAUUAUUAGAAAUGGCCAACAGUACUCUAUUCUA